UAAGCCACCAUCUUCCACACCCAGAUUGUCCUAACCUCAAAACAGUAGUGAAUGAUGACAUUUUGACAUGGUGUGCGAAUAAACGGCGGUGUUCACAAUGUAUGCAACCAUGCAUGGGUGAGUGGGACGUCAUGACUAAACAAUGCCAUAGGAAAUGUGAGAAGCGACAUGAGUGCAUAGCCAGCUGUGAGUAUCUGACAUCUCUGCAAGUGAUGAAGCAGGGCCACUGCCCCCCACCGCACAGGGCAUCUGGGUUUGCAGCAGCCUGCGUACUGAGCUGUAGUGCAGACACAGACUGUCCUGGCUCAAAGAAGUGUUGUGCCAAUGGAUGUGGGCUCACCUGCCAGGUGCCAGUCAGUAUGUUUAAAGGUGCCCCACUAAAACCUCAUAGUGACUUUAUAAUUAAUGAAUACUUAAACAGGACCAUAAAAAUAACUUGGAAAUCUAGGUUCAACAUAUCUGCUGAGCCAAUUUUAUAUAUCCUGCAAAGACGAUGGAAUUAUGGCAUUCAGCCUAGUGAAGAUCAGUCCACACACUGGCAGACUAUAACUGUGACAGCAGCUCACCAUUUUAGUAUGACAGAUAUAAGGCCAGGAAGAUGGUACCAGUUUCGGGUAGCUGCAGUUAAUAUGCAUGGAACACAAGGUUAUACCAUACCAAGUAAACAUGUCCAUUGUACUAGAGAUCCAUUGCCACCCACAGCUCCUACUGCUCUGAGAAAGUAUAACCCAAUAGUUGCCCAUGAUGGCACUAUCAGCAUAAACAUCACGUGGGCUGUGCCACCAGAACAGGACCUAAACAUUCAUCAUUACAGAAUAUGCUGGAAGAUAAAGAAUUCUGGAAAGGUGUAUUCAGAGAGAAAGGAACAGAGCUGCGUUUUAACAGAUGGGGCAAAUACAGAAUUUACACUACAAGACUUGCUGCCUGCCACUGAGUAUCUUGUAAAAAUGCAGGCUGUAUCCUACUGGGGACAAAAAAGAAUGAAGAGUCCAAAGGCACAGUUUAUCUUCAGUACUGCACAACAAGAUUUAACGCCAAAAAGCAUAAAUCCUGCUGAAAAUCCAUGCAAUGGCCGCAGCAAAUCAUACAAAAGUAGUAAAAAUACUUUACAAGCACUUUCUUUUUACCACAAUAAUCAGCUGAAAAUCCAUUUAUUCUGGAAGCAAAUGUCAGACAAUUAUGUGGAACCCUAUACUUACUUAAUAAAAUGGAGACCAGUCAUGUGUGGCAAUAAUGACACUUUUUCAGAAGAAAAAAUUGUAAAGGGAUCAAGCUACAUUAUAACUGACCUCCAGUUUGCAUGUACAUAUAAAGUAACAGUACGGCCAUUCACCCUUCAGGGACCAUCGGUUGAAGAGGUGACAUUUGUAAAAACACCCAAGUGCAACAACAUGAAAGUUAAAACUCUGAAAGAUGUACACUGUCCAAAACAAGGGUGCCACCAUCUGUCCAGAAAAGGGAUGCACAGAUCAGAAAAGCUAAGGGCAGUCUUCCAGAGUGUGAAUGGAAAAAUUAAAGGAGAAUUUCACUGGCACAUUUUACAAACUGGUCCAUUCUUCUCCACCAAAAGCUGGCUAUUUAGUUGGGCAGAGAUGGCACAAACUGGUGCAUUUUACAACACAAUCACACUUCCAGCCAUUCAUCCUUUUGUGAUCAUUGAUGACCUCAAACCCUCAACGUUCUACCAUGUUAAAGUCCAAAUUGCUGCCCUCAAUGUUUCAUCGACAGAAAAAAUCUUCCUCACUCCUGCACUUGGACUGUUGAUGGCCCAGAAAAAAAUAUCUUUAAAAAAAUCAACUACUUCACAUGCUAGAAAGGAGUAAUAAUAACAUACACAUUAUAUAGAAUGCAGCCAAGAAAACAAGCAGUCACCUUUUAAUAAAGACAUUGAUGUAUUAUAAUGCAUCUAAAGAGUCACCUCCAGCAUUGAUCUGAUAUGCAUAUACAAGUGAAAUAUUUUAUGUGUACAGAUGUGUUUUAAAUUAUCUUGGAAUAUUGUUUUGUACAUAAUCAUUGCUACAUUUUUGUAUUUUAAUUUAUAUUUUGUUUAUUAAAACAUUUCUAGCAA